AUGACAUCCCCAACAGAAGUGACUACAGCCACCAGGCUUGCGAUGCUGCUCUCCUUAAGCCUCAUCGUUGCUUCGACCUCUGCCUACGACAGCAACAUCUGUUGCAUGAAGGCCGCCCGUUCGCAUGAGCUCCGGAUCCUUUUGCAGGAGGACCCUUGGAAUGUUUGCAGCCUGAAUGACACCGAAACUUACCGUCCAGGGACCACGUUCCCUUCGAUUAAUAUCACGAUGGGAUGGUGCAAAGCACACUGUCCUGGCAAUCAGCCAAGCGACCUGUCACAAUGGCUGCAGCCCCUGACCAGCUGGGUUGUGCCUUACAUCGGUCUUCUCUUGCUGUGUCCCUUUGGCGACAUUAAAGAUUCAGUCUCAGGGUCGCAAGCAAGGCUAACGUCGAUGAAGUUCGGAGAUGUCUGGAGGUGGCUCUGGCGAUUCGUUCGAAGAUAUACCCAGGAAUGGAUUAAUCUGCUCGGCGAUCCAGCAAGUGCUAUCUUUGGUGCGUUCUCAGAGAUUUGGUCUGAUGCAACGAUGCUGCGCGAAAUCAACUCGCGUCUGGAUGCGGGAAGGCCGAAUUGGGGCGAACUUUCUUCGGUUAAUCUCUUGAAAUGGGUGGUCGUCCUAGUCGGCGACACCGAAUGCCCCUAUGAAUACGAUGAACAAACAGCUGAAAGAGAUUCGGGUCAAGACUCGAAUAGGAAGACCAUUGAACUUGACACGUUGUUCUCGCCAGAAUCAGACAAAGGAGUGGAUAAUACUCCUAAAGUUCGAGCAUUGGUGGAGAUCGCGAUCAAGACUCUCGUCGAGGCUCGUACCGACUUCUUCAAGGCCGUCUUCUUGCCAACGGUCCUCUUCCUUGCGGUGACGGCAUCGGUCUUCUAUGACGCUUACACAAAACUUGGCGACAAUGAUACUGCAAAUGGCCUGGCUUUUGGGAUUUGGUACUCGUGGUUGGUGAUUCUAUCUGUGGCUGCAAAUUGCUUUGCCAGCAGCGUGAAUGCGGGUUUGACCAAGACUACGCUGGGCCGAUAUUUUCAGCUCUCCGACCGAAGUGUUCCACUGCGCGAGCGCUAUUUCAACGGACUGCUGUGGCAUGAAUGGUUGGCUCGUGUUCAGAGCAAUCCAGAGAAGACGUUAUCCGACUUAAACGAUAAUGAGCCCUUGUCACUCAACCUAAUGGCGGACAGGAUCGACAACUCAGAAGGACGGCAUCUGGUCAAAUACCCAUCCCUCACAUUGGCGAAGAGUUUCCAACUGCUGGUGGGCCAUGUGAUUGCUUGGCUCUGCGUGGCCAUUCCGUCGGUGGGCGCUAUUAUUGUCUCAUACACGGGAGCAUGGUCAGCACUGGGUGCGUCAAUGCUGACUCUUGGUGGCCGACAGAACACGCCAACUGUUGGCUUUGACUGCCGAUCAUUCAACUUCCUCGCCUAUGGAAUCCUUGCAUUGGUCGCUCCGGCCCUGCACAUCGCAUAUCAGUGGAUGCUUCGCAACAAGGGAAAUAAAUACGCGACAGAAGGACUGAAGAUGUUUUACUGGUUUUUUGUCUAUGCCAAUGCAGCUGUACUAACCAUUGGCACCAUGUUGCAGCUGGCUGGGGUCUAUCGGAGCUGCCGGUGUCAACUCCUGUUCGCCUCGGAUAACGACAUCAUCGAAGUGAACCGCAAUACUCAUCUGGCGGUUGACAAUGCAAAGGCUUACUGGCUUCCGGUAGGUUAUGUGGCGUUUGGAUUUGUUUGGGUGGUUUGUGGGCUUGUAACGGCAGCUAGGGCGCAUAUCUCGGUCCGCCUAGACCACAUUGAUGCGUAUGACUGA